CACCUCGUCCUCCCAACUCUGCCUUCUUCUUCUCCUCCUCCUCAUCUCUCUCUCUCUCUCUUCCUUGGUGUUGAGUCCGUCGUAGAAGCGUGCGGCUUGUUUCUUUCUUGAGGCAUCGGAGAACCUCAUUGACGGUUGCUCUGUUUGCCUCCAAGAAAAGCUUGAAUCUUCAUUUUCUUCUCGGUCAAGGUACUCGUACAGGAAGUCCUGCAGCUACUCCUUUUAAUAUAAUCGCCAUACGUCUGUCUCUCUGUUCCAGAAGCUAUACAUAACCAUCAGCACACUCCAGCCUCCAUUAUCAAUGCCAGUUUCUCUUCUUUGCGAGCAAGCUGUGCGUCUUCCUAAUUAAACAGAGACGCAGGUCUCAAAGCCUACCUUUCUGAGCCAAAAUUAGGGAACUAUUUGUUUUGCCUCCACACGCGCUACCUUCCACCAUUAUUAACUUUCUGUAACCUGCUUCACGGGGGCAACGGGAGGACGCCAUCGAAAAGUUUGCCUUUUGCCACCAACAGUAUCCGUGAGGGAUAAUAGCACACGGAUCCCAGCCAAAAAGAUCAGUUUUUUGGGCAUCAAUGGCGGAUGCACGCAACUGCUCUGAGCCGGAGAGCAGCGCCCACUCGAUGUCUUCUUCCGUUUCCUCCAUCACCACCUCCUCGUCCCCGUCUCCGGUGCUUCCGGCUACGGAUGCAUUGAACCAGACGACGGCCACCUCUGCCGCGGCGAGGAAGACCGGAGGGGGCACGAAGCGGGCGCGGGACGGGAGUCAGCAACCGGCGUACCGCGGCGUCCGGAUGCGGAGCUGGGGGAAGUGGGUGUCGGAGAUCCGGGAGCCGCGCAAGAAGUCGCGCAUCUGGCUGGGCACGUUCCCGACUCCGGAGAUGGCAGCGCGGGCGCACGACGUGGCCGCUCUCAACAUCAAAGGAACCGCCGCGGUCCUCAACUUCCCGGAGCUCGCCGCCUCCCUUCCCCGCCCAACCACUCUCUCCCCGCGCGACGUCCAGGCCGCCGCCGCCAUGGCCGCCGCCAUGGACCCGGCCCCAACUCCAGCGGCGCCCGAGGAUGAUGAUCCGGACACUUCCGACGAGCUCGGGGAGAUAGUGGAGCUACCGCGUCUUGACGGGUGCCUCCUCGACUCAGCCCAUUCAAGGGGCGAGUUCGUGUUCCACGACGCGGCCUACUCGUGGGCCCCGUGGGUGGAGACCGAGUUGUGUCUCGAGCCCGACCAGAUGUGGCCGUCAUUGGAUCCCACCAGCUUCGAAGCUCUUCUCUGGGAUUAUUAAGCCUCAAUCAUACUCUCUCUCUCUCUCUCUCUACUCACUAAUGCCCUCUAAUUUUGUAUUGGGCCGAAGAGCUUUUCUUCCUCCUUUCCUUCCUUUCUCUCUCUCUCUCUCUCUCUCUCUCUCUCUCUCUCUCUCUCUCUCUCGCUCUCUCUCCAGUCAAUCUUGUCUCUUCCUUGUGUGUGUUUUCCUGAGUUUUUUGUGGGUAAAAUCGAUCUGUACAGUGCUCUUGAAAACGAGUGUAGAAAAACAAAAAUGCUGUCCUUUGUUUUGUGGUUGUCUGCCCAUGAAAGAGAUACAAUGAAUGCUUAGAAUCUUAUUAAUUUUUCCUAUCCAAUUAUUGUUGGAUUGUGGCUAUUCAUGAAAGAGACAAAAUUACAAAAGAAAGGUACUCAUAA